AUGUUGUGCAGUCCUGCUCCCCAACCAACUGCAGACUGGGUUAUUUCUUUCGAGACUCUGCAGGUGCUCGAGAGAUAUCUGUAUGGCGAGGUGCUCAACAUGAUCUAUGACGACGCCGGCCUGUUUCUGAGCUUUGAAAACAACUACAACUGA